CUGAUUUCUAGAAGAGCUUGUGAGUGCUGCACGUCUCCACAGUUCAACAUGGCUAAGUGGGACUCAAAACUCAAACUGCUACUUCUCAUCCAUCUCUUACUAUCUGACUUGGCAUUUGGCAAAGCUCCACUCCCUCAAAGCAACCCGAAUCCUUCAAUCGCCACAAAACCCUCUCAAUCUGUACAAGUAAAAUCCCAAGAGGUCGAAGAUGCUCUCUCGGCCGCCCACGAGUUGAUCUCAAACCUUUCAACGUCUCUGCAAGGUCAUCUGGAUCUUCAAACCAAUGCAAGCUGUGCCGAGUUAGCUAAUGGAGGCUGGAGAGGAAGCGCGUUCUCUCAGGAGCUUUUAGGCUUGACAAUGGUACCAGUGUUGGUGUCAGCAGGAUGUUUGUUUGAAGCCCAGGAUUUGGUAAUGCAACUUUAUGCAGAUCUGGGCCAAAACGAUACACACGAUUUUUUGGACGACAUAGUGAUGCUUAUUAAAAGAGGUGAAAAGAGAGAGUCUUCACAUGCCAAUGGCUUCCAACCCCCUAUCAUACGCAAAUCACAGCACCACCUACAGGCUGUUUUAUUCAACAUCAAUCAGCUUGCUUCGGUGGAUGAGAGAGCUGCUGUUUAUAAUGGUAAAGUGUGGCAGUGCAAGCGGUGGUUGAUGGUAAAAGCCUCCAACUUACAGGGUCAAGCCACAGAACAGAUUAAGCCACUGGGUCUUGAGGAAGCAAAACUGGCUUGUAGAAGAAUGGGAAUCCAGUGUGCAGGAGUGAGCCGUGAUUUGGACUCUUAUCGCAUUAUCUUAAGACCUGGAAGUCGCAUCGUGCCUUCAUCUAACUCCGAUAGCUGGAUUCAGGAUUGCAAGUUUGGGUCUGUACGUUGGCGCAGAAAUGGGGUGCCUCAACAUCACUGCGUAAAUGAAAAAGAAAAGCGAGUGUAUACGGUCGUGGAGUGGAUUCCUGCAGUCUCGACGCUUUAUAAUUUGGGAACGGCUGUUUACUAUGCUUCGGUCAACUGUUACGGGACUGCAAAAGAGAGAGCCAUCUUUACCACUGUGGAUCUGGGCACGGACGCCCUCAUGGCCGUGACUGGGGGAACCGCAGGGGUUGCUGGUUAUGCGCUGGGGGCUGGUUUAAAAACAGGUGUGAAGGCUGGGAUUAAAUAUCUGCUGAACAACAUGAAAGAGGAAGAGGACCUGCUAAUGAACCAGAACAGCUGGGAGGAUGGAAGUCUCACUGUCCAAUAGAGUGCAGUAGUGUCUGGUUCCGAAAUAUUUCUCUAAUUCAUUUUCCCCACAGUGAUUUAAAAAAAAAAAGAAUCUUCAUAAAAGCAUUGUGAUACAUAAACAAGACAACAAGACAACUAGCUAUGGUGUGAAUCACAACCAUUACUCUGAAGUAGAGACAUAGACUCACAGGCCACUUUAUUAGGUAAACAUUACUAGUACCGGGUUAGACCCUACUUUGCCUUCAGAACUGACUUAAUCCUUUGUGGCAUAGAUUCAUUAAGGUACUGGAAAUAUUUCUCAAAGAUUUUGGUCCAUAUUGACAUGAUAGCAUCACAGAUUUGCUGCAGAUUUGUUGCACAUCUAUGAUGCGAAUCUCCUGUUUCACUACAUCUCAAAAGUGCUUUCUUGGAUUGAGGUCUGGUGGCUGUGGAGGCCAUUUGAAUACAGUGAACUCAUUGUCAUGUUUAAGAAACCAGUCUGAGAUGAUUUGUGCUUUAUGACAUGGCGUGUUAUCCUGCUGGAAGUAGCCAUCAGAAGAUGAGUACACUGUGGUCAAAAAGGGAUGGACAUGGUCAGCAACAAUACUCAGCUAGGCUGUGGCGUUGACAAUGCUCAAUGGUUCUAAUGGGCCCAAAGUGUGCCAAGAAAAUAUCCCCAAUAACAUUACACCACCAGCAGCCUGAACCGUUGAUACAAGGCAGGAUAUAUCUAUGCUUUCAUGUUGUUGACUUCAAAUUCUGACCCUACCAUCCGAAUGUCACAGCAGAAAUCGAGACUCAUCAGACCAGGCAAUUUUUUUCAAUCUUCUAUAAUCCAAUUUUUGAUGAGCCUGUGCGAAUUAUAGACUCAGUUUCCUGUUCUUAGCUGACAGGAGUGGCACCUGGUGUGGUCUUCUGCUGUUGUAGCCCAUCUGCCUUAAGGUUGGACGUGUUGUGCAUUCAGAGAUUCUCUAAUGCAUACCUCGGUUGUAACAAGUGAUUAUUUGAGAUACUGUUGCUUUUCUAUCAGCUGGAACCAGUCUGGCCAUUCUCCUCUGACUUCUGGCAUCAAUAAGGCAUUUGCGCAUACAGAACUGCCGCUCACUGGAUAUUUUCUCUUUUUUGGACCUACCUCCGUAAACCCUAGAGAUUGUUGUGCUUGAAAAUCCUUGUAGAUCAGCAGUUUCUGAAAUACUCAGACCAGCCCGUCUGACACCAACAACCAUGCCAUGUUCAAAGUCACAUAAAUCACAUUUCUUUCCCAUCCUGAUGCUCAGUUUGAAUGCAGCAGAUCGUCUUGACCAUGUCGACAUGCCUAAAUGCAUUGAGUUGCUUCCAUGUAAUUGGCUGAUUCAGGCAUGUGCACAGAUAGGGCUCAACCUGUGCAGUGCACAUGCCCUUUUUGAGCGAUCGUCCAGCACAUGCCCCCUGGAAAGUCUCUGCAUGGUACUGGGCUGAUUAGAAAUUUGCGUUAAUGAGCAGUUGGACAGGUGUACCUAAUAAAGGGGCCGGUGAGUGUAUAUGAAAAUAAGGCAAAAAGACAAUUCUUGGUGCAAUCCAAAAGGGACAUAUAGUGUUUUGAAUAGCACUGAAAACAGUCAUGUCUGCCGUUUUAAACUGUCUUUCCAAACCUAAGUGCUUAAAACCAGCCACUUGGGAAAUAAAUAGCCAAACAAAAAUGGCCAAUUGGAAUGCAGGAUUUCCUAAGGUAUAACUGACAGCCACUUCAGGCCUCCAUGUUAUUUUUCUCAGAGACGUUGUUUGGUGUCAAAUAGUGUUUCCCAUCUGGAAGGGCUCAUCCUUAUGCCCUAAUCCAUUUGAAGCUGUAAAUCCACAAGGAUGGGAGAAAUCCCUUCUGAAUGGGAGAGUUUUGGGUCUAUGAAGCAUUGACUCAAUCAAAUUCAAAAUAAUGGAUAAAUUAAAUAAUGAUAAAGUUAUUGGUUUUAUCUAGAAGUUCCAUAUGUUUACACAUUUUCUAAGUAUUUUGGGAGCAUAGAGACACUGCCAGUCACCUUUAGUGUGCUUUGCUCACUGCAACCUACUGACGUUUGCAGCAUGAAUUCUACUGUUAGACAUGUUUGUUUUAAAGGUAACCUAAAUUAAUGUCAACAAAUGGAUUUAUCAAAUGCAUAUAACAACCUCCGAGUUCAACUUAUCUCUGUCUUUAAAGAUUUAUCUUUAGGUUACUGUUAAAACCCAUUUUCCUGUGGAGAAAAUGAAUGGAGUUUUUACUUCUGGAACCCGACUGCUGCACUUUACAUAAGGCUAAAGAGAAGAUGAACAAACAAAACAUGAACAAAUAUAGAAUUACAUACCUCAAGAGUAACAAGGAUUUUUCCCCCAUUUGAUUUUGAACAUUUCCCAAAAUGCUCAAUCAUAUAUUUGAGCAAAGUGAAGUCUUUCAAAUAAUUUUAUAGACAUACUUUUUUUAAAACUUGUAAUCAUUUUAUAGGUGUUCCUGUGCUAUAAAUGUCACUUUCUAUCUUGUUUAUGUUUCCAAAUAUCCUUCAAAUCUAAAAGAUAUUUAACCCUUGCAUGCAUUCUAAGUCUGUACACUAUUUGCAGAUUCAGAGUUUGUUGUAGCUGAAGAAUUGUUAUAUAAUAAAGUCAUUUAUUUUAUCCUACUAAAAAUAAACUGUAUCUGAUCUGCAGCUUAUUAUUAUAUGUAUGUUUUUGCCAUGGCAUUAGCACAUUUUUUAAAUAAAAUAAUAAAAUUAAA